CUCACCAGAGUCCCUGUGGAGUCCUGUGGUCAGUAUCGGAGCUGCGGCGAGUGCCUUGGCUCGGGCGAUCCCCACUGUGGCUGGUGUGUGCUCCACAACACGUGCACCCGGAAGGAGCGCUGUGAGCGGUCCAGAGAGCCCCGCAGGUUCGCCUCUGAGAUGAAGCAGUGCGUCCGGCUGACCGUCCAUCCCAGCAACAUCUCCGUCUCUCAGUACAAUGUCCUGCUGGUCCUGGAGACGUACAAUGUCCCAGAGCUGUCAGCUGGUGUCAGCUGCACCUUCGAGGACCUGUCAGAGAUGGACGGGCUGGUGGUAGGCAGUCAGAUCCAGUGCCACUCCCCAGCAGCCAAGGAGGUGCCCCGGAUCAUCACGGAGAACGGGGACCACCAUGUCGUCCAGCUGCAGCUCAAGUCGAAGGAGACAGGCAUGACCUUUGCCAGCACCAGCUUUGUCUUCUACAACUGCAGCGUCCACAAUUCGUGCCUGUCCUGCGUGGAGAGCCCAUACCGCUGCCACUGGUGUAAAUACCGGCAUGUCUGCACCCAUGACCCCAAGACUUGCUCCUUCCAGGAAGGCCGGGUGAGGCUGCCUGAGGACUGCCCGCAGCUGCUGCGAGUGGACAAGAUCCUGGUGCCCGUGGAGGUGAUCAAGCCCAUCACCCUCAAGGCCAAGAACCUCCCCCAGCCGCAGUCGGGGCAGCGCGGGUACGAGUGCGUCCUCAGCAUCCAGGGCAGCGAGCAGAGGGUGCCCGCCCUGCGCUUCAACAGCUCCAGCGUGCAGUGCCAGAACACCUCUUAUUCCUACGAAGGGAUGGAGAUCAACAACCUGCCGGUGAAGCUGACAGUCGUGUGGAACGGGCACUUCAACAUUGAUAACCCAGCUCAGAACAAAGUUCACCUCUACAAGUGCGGCGCCAUGCGUGAGAGCUGCGGGCUGUGCCUCAAGGCGGACCCGGACUUUGAAUGCGGCUGGUGCCAGGGCCAGGGCCAGUGUACCCUCCGGCAGCACUGCCCCAUCCACGAGAGCCACUGGCUGGAGCUGUCGGGCACCAACAGCAAGUGCACGAACCCCCGCAUCACAGAGAUAAUCCCAGUGACAGGCCCCCGGGAAGGGGGCACCAAGGUCACCAUCCGAGGGGAGAACCUGGGCCUGGAAUUCCGGGACAUCGCCUCCCAUGUCAAGGUGGCCGGCGUGGAGUGCAGCCCUUUGGUAGAUGGCUACAUCCCUGCGGAACAGAUCGUGUGUGAGAUGGGGGAGGCCAAGCCCAGCCAGCACGCCGGCUUCGUGGAGAUCUGUGUGGCUGUGUGUCGGCCCGAGUUCAUGGCCAGGUCCUCGCAGCUCUAUUACUUCAUGACGCUGACUCUCUCAGACCUGAAGCCCAGCCGGGGGCCCAUGUCCGGAGGCACACAGGUGACCAUCACGGGCACCAACCUGAACGCGGGCAGCAACGUGGUGGUGAUGUUUGGGAAGCAGCCCUGCCUCUUCCACAGGCGCUCUCCGUCCUACAUCGUGUGCAACACCACGUCCUCAGAUGAGGUGCUGGAAAUGAAGGUGAUGGUGCAGGUGGACAGGGCCAAGAUCCACCAGGACCUGUUCUUCCAGUACAUGGAGGAUCCUACCAUCGUGCGGAUCGAGCCCGAGUGGAGCAUCAUCAGUGGGAACACACCCAUCGCCGUGAGGGGGACUCACCUGGACCUCAUACAGAACCCCCAGAUCCGCGCCAAGCACGGAGGGAAGGAGCACAUCAAUCUCUGCGAGGUUCUGAACGCUACUGAGAUGACCUGCCAGGCCCCUGCCCUCGCUCUGGGGCCCGACCACCAGUCUGACCUGACGGAGAGGCCCGAGGAGUUUGGCUUCAUCCUGGACAACGUCCAGUCCCUGCUAAUCCUCAACAAGACCAACUUCACCUACUACCCCAAUCCUGUGUUUGAGGCCUUCGGUCCCUCAGGAAUCCUGGAGCUCAAGCCCGGCACACCCAUCAUCCUAAAGGGCAAGAACCUGAUCCCGCCCGUGGCUGGGGGCAAUGUAAAGCUGAACUACACCGUGCUGGUCGGGGAGAAGCCGUGCACCGUCACAGUGUCGGAUGUGCAGCUGCUCUGCGAGUCCCCCAACCUCAUAGGCCGGCACAAAGUGAUGGCCCGAGUCGGUGGCAUGGAGUACUCCCCGGGGAUGGUGUACAUUGCCCCAGAUAGCCCGCUCAGCCUGCCCGCCAUCGUUAGCAUCGCCGUGGCCGGCGGCCUCCUUAUCAUCUUCAUCGUGGCCGUUCUCAUCGCCUACAAACGCAAGUCCCGCGAGAGCGACCUCACGCUGAAGCGGUUGCAGAUGCAGAUGGACAACCUGGAGUCCCGCGUGGCCCUGGAGUGCAAGGAAGCCUUUGCCGAGCUGCAGACGGACAUCCACGAGUUGACCAGUGACCUGGACGGAGCUGGGAUUCCCUUCCUGGACUACAGAACCUACACUAUGCGAGUGUUGUUCCCGGGAAUUGAAGACCACCCUGUCCUCCGGGACCUCGAGGUCCCGGGCUACCGGCAGGAGCGCGUGGAGAAAGGCCUGAAGCUCUUCGCUCAGCUCAUCAACAACAAGGCGUUCCUGCUGUCCUUCAUUCGCACGCUGGAGUCUCAGCGCAGCUUCUCCAUGCGUGACCGCGGCAACGUGGCCUCGCUCAUCAUGACGGUGCUGCAGAGCAAGCUGGAGUACGCCACUGACGUGCUGAAGCAGCUGCUGGCUGACCUCAUAGACAAGAACCUGGAGAGCAAGAACCAUCCCAAGCUGCUGCUCAGGAGGACUGAGUCGGUGGCUGAGAAGAUGUUGACCAAUUGGUUUACUUUCCUGCUCUACAAGUUCCUCAAGGAGUGCGCCGGCGAGCCCCUCUUCUCCCUGUUCUGCGCCAUCAAGCAGCAGAUGGAGAAGGGGCCCAUUGACGCCAUCACGGGCGAGGCCCGCUACUCUCUGAGCGAGGACAAGCUCAUCCGCCAGCAGAUCGACUACAAGACCCUGGUCCUGAGUUGUGUCAACCCAGACAAUGCCAACAGCCCUGAGGUCCCAGUGAAGAUCCUCAACUGCGACACCAUUACUCAGGUCAAGGAGAAGAUUCUGGACGCCAUCUUCAAGAAUGUGCCCUGCUCCCACCGGCCCAAGGCUGCAGACAUGGACCUGGAGUGGCGACAAGGAAGCGGGGCGAGGAUGAUCCUGCAGGAUGAAGACAUCACCACCAAGAUUGAGAACGACUGGAAGAGACUGAACACCCUGGCGCAUUACCAGGUGCCGGAUGGCUCUGUGGUGGCUUUAGUGUCCAAGCAGGUGACAGCCUACAAUGCCGUGAACAACUCCACCGUCUCCAGGACCUCGGCAAGUAAAUACGAAAACAUGAUCCGGUACACGGGCAGCCCUGACAGCCUCCGCUCACGCACACCCAUGAUCACCCCUGACCUGGAGAGUGGCGUCAAGAUGUGGCACCUGGUGAAGAACCACGAGCACGGGGACCAGAAGGAGGGUGACCGGGGGAGCAAGAUGGUGUCUGAAAUCUAUCUGACACGACUGCUGGCCACUAAGGGCACACUGCAGAAGUUUGUGGACGACCUCUUCGAGACCAUCUUCAGCACGGCGCACCGCGGCUCCGCCCUGCCCCUGGCGAUCAAGUACAUGUUUGACUUUCUGGAUGAACAGGCGGACAAACACGGCAUCCACGACCCGCACGUCCGCCACACCUGGAAGAGCAACUGCCUGCCGCUGAGGUUUUGGGUCAACAUGAUCAAGAACCCCCAGUUUGUGUUUGACAUCCACAAGAGCAGCAUCACUGACGCCUGCCUGUCGGUGGUGGCCCAGACCUUCAUGGACUCCUGUUCCACGUCAGAGCACCGGCUGGGCAAGGACUCCCCCUCCAACAAGCUGCUCUACGCCAAGGACAUCCCCAGCUACAAGAACUGGGUGGAGAGGUAUUACUCGGACAUCGGGAAGAUGCCGGCCAUCAGUGACCAGGACAUGAACGCCUACCUGGCUGAGCAGUCCCGGAUGCACAUGAACGAGUUCAACACCAUGAGCGCGCUCUCCGAGAUCUUCUCCUACGUGGGCAAGUACAGCGAGGAGAUCCUUGGACCUCUGGACCACGAUGACCAGUGUGGGAAGCAGAAACUGGCCUACAAACUAGAACAAGUCAUAACCCUCAUGAGCUUAGACAGCUGAGAACCGUCCUUCCAGGCACCCCCUGGAGGGAGGGACACACCAAGCCGUGCCUCAGUCUAGAUUAUCAUCUUUACCAAGUGCAAGUUCCGACUGGCGCCAGCAGCAUCCCGCGAGCAGCGCUAUCUCCCUCUCUCUCUCUCUGCCUGUUUCUAUCUCCCUCUCCUUCCUGGAUCCCCUCUUGCAGUUGCUCUACCAACAUGAUUGAGCCAAGCCACUGACCCUCAGUUAGUCCAGGAUGCCCCCCCCCCCGUGAGGGACCUGGUGACCAGAAGACGUCAGAGGGGGCCCUCUUUGCCCGCUGACCCCAAGCAUCAGCAGCAGGGCCCGAAUAUGGAUGAGGAUGAAGGAUGUUUCUGUACUGCUACUUCACCUUCCACGUUUUGAUAGCCCCGCAUUGAGCCGAACGUUGGCCUGCGGACGAGGCAGUGAGCUCUGUAUUACCUUCACUGGGAAGACGUCUCCUGGCCCAGGUUUCCAUCUCCAGGGGGUCUGUCAGUGGCAUGGUCCCUCUGCAACUGUGAGAAGAAAGGCUGCGCCUCCUGCGUGUGGCUGGAGUGGGGAGCGUGACGCAUCGUGGGGUGCCUCGCAGGCUGUCUCCCACUUGUUGGGUUGGCAUCCAGAGGCCUUUUGGUUCCCUUCCAAUCUUCUUGGAGCCUUUCCAAGUGCCCAUAGGGCCCUGCCUGCCCAGUCUCCUCCCGGCCUGUGGAAAACCAGACAGGAGAAAGAAGAGCAGUUACAGCCCACUGUGGAGAUCCUCCCAACCUCCCAAUCUGGCUCACAGCGGCAGGAACGUAACACGUAGAGGGAGAGAAGAAGAGAGCUGCAUCCACCCUGGAAGCAGAAUUGGCUGUUUUCCAUUUGCCUCCACGUGCUAACGAAUCAUCAUGGGUCUGAUCCCUUGCAGAUCCCCGAGUGCCGUCUAGAGGACACACCUCCAUCCUCCUUGGUCAUCGCUCAUCAGGGGUCAAGGUAAAAUGCCGAGUGCACCUGGGAGAUUCUACCUCCAGCUCUCUCGGUGGCUCCCAUCCCCACUAUCCUUCCUGAGAACUCUGUAGAAAGUUGGGGCAGACAGCCUCGCCCCGGCUCCCUGCAGAACCUGGUGCCGUUGCAGAUGCAGAUGACUUUGUCUCUGGACUGUUCAGACCUCCUUGGGAAUUAUUUCAUCAACAUCUCAGCUGUCUCUUUAGUCACUCUCCUCCCUCAGCUCUUUGGCAGUCAUCAUGGAAAGAAACACACUCAAGCACAGCCUCGCAGAGACAAGCCAAAAUGCCAGCCCAGCUCAGUCCCGGGUUUGUCGUGUUUGGGAAGGAGCGAAGAAUCAAGAGGAAGGACCUGGCUGCAAAAGGGAGGAGGGACGUACAGCUGACCUUGGCUCUGGCGUCUGUUCCUCCAUCUGUCCUUCCAUCCACGGAUACAUCAUUUUAGCCAGCCAGACGAAUGUGUGCUCAGACAUGUGUCCUAGGUGAGCAGGGGCUAUAGUGAGAGACUGUCUGACGGAGGAUCGUGGAAACCUAUAACCUUGAAGGGACCUUAGACACCAUCUCCAUCUGUGGUCCAGUCUCCGCCAUAGACUCGCCCGGCAGCCCUGGUGUGGAGUUGUACACCACUCUGGGAGGCAAGCAGCGGCAGCAUCUCAGGUGGGGUUGGGGACAAGGUUCCACAGUCCCGUCUUCACUCCCCGAGCAUCAGACAUCCUCCCCUGCAAUCCACUCCACAGGGGCCCCACGUGGAAACAGGAAGGAACCACACCAUUUCCAGCAACAUCUGUGGAGCACCCUGUGCUUAAAGAAUGCUAGCCCCUUUAGAUAUGAGUACGUGUGUGUGUGUGAUCUCAUGUGCACAGGCACAUGUGUGUGUGUGUGUGUGUGUGUGUGUGUGUGUGUGUGUGUGUGUGUCUGCCCCAGGAGUAGGCAGAGAGCUCAGAAAGCUUUCCUGUCCUAUCAGGGGGAUUUGAAGCAUCUCCCUUCUCUGCCCUUGCUCACCAUUCAUUCUGCAACUUCGGGACAUUUCAACACUUGUUUUCUGUGCUGAGUGCAGAGGGGUGAGGUCACCUCUCCGUAGGAAAUCAGGGUGGUCAGUGGCCAAGGGGAUCCUGGACAGGACUGGAGGCCGGGCCGUGGUGACGCAGAGC